UUCUGUCUCACGAACCAGCCUCAGGGCUCUCUCUCUCUCUCUCUCUUCUUUCUCUCUCUGGAAGUGAAGGGAAAAAAAACCCUUGAAAACCUUUGAUCUCGCCGGAUUUUCAUCUCCGUCACCGACGACGGUGAGAUUCUUCUUCUGUGGUUUUGAUUUUUCUGACAGAUUACGGCGGAUCGGAUCUGGCCUAGGGUUUUUGGUUUCUGUGUAAAGCCUUAUUUGAGGAGGGGGGAGGAGGUAAAUUUGUGAACUGAGGAGAGGAGUGAGGCGGAGCUGAGACUGAAUCGGAGUAGAAAUGUACAAGAACCAGCUUCAAGAGCUGGCGCAGAGAAGUUGCUUCAAUCUUCCCUCGUAUGCCUGCAUUAGGGAAGGACCAGACCAUGCGCCGAGGUUUAAAGCUACUGUUAACUUCAAUGGCGAGAUCUUUGAAUGCCCUCAGUACUGCUCUACUCUUCGUCAGGCCGAGCACUCCGCCGCCGAGGUCGCUUUGAACGCACUCUCUAACCGUGGUCCCCCUCAUUCGCUUGCAGCUAGGAUCCUGGAUGAGACAGGGGUUUACAAGAACCUCCUGCAGGAAAUUGCCCAAAGAGUUGGAGCGCCAUUGCCUCAGUAUACAACAUUCAGAUCAGGUCUUGGUCACCUACCUGUUUUUACAGGGAUAGUAGAAUUGGCUGGAAUAACGUUUACUGGAGAACCUGCCAAGAAUAAAAAACAAGCAGAGAAGAAUGCUGCAAUGGCAGCUUGGUCAUCAUUAAAACAAUUGGCUAAAGAAUCAGCAAGCUCUUCAUCAGAACCAGAAAACAAUGAUGAACUGGAGCAGAUCACUAUAGCUCGAGCCUUAUUGAAUUAUCGCCAAAAGGAAAAAAUGGCAAUGUCAAAUCCAAAUGCAACAAUACCAUUCCCCAAAAAGCUUCAAAUUCAAAGUCCACGGCCAACUAGUCCCCAACGUCCCCCUGCUCCAACAUCAAAGAUUCUGCCCUUAAUUUGCCAAAAAGCAGCUCCUCGUAGCAGAGCUCCCUUUUCAGCAAAUAAAAUCCCCAUCCCACAUGCCCAAACUUCUGCACUAGAAGGCUCUGCAACCCCCCGCCCCCAGAAGUUCAGUGCCGGAGCUGCUGCUCUUUCGUAUAUUCCCGUUCACCAGUAUAGGACAUCUUGCCAUGGCAUUGCCCCACCAGUUACAAUUAGAACAACAAUGCCUGUGUAUUCUGCCCCUCCUCUACCACAGCCAUUGAAGCUACCACCACAGCAAGUAAUUCGAGUCCCACCGGUACGGAUCGCCCCACCGGUUUCCAUUAGGCAAGCAAUUCCUGUCUUUGCUGCUCCCCCAGUGCGCAAGGAAAAUGCUCCUGCAGUUAAAAAAGAAGACUGUCCAGCCCCAACUGCUCCUAAAGAAAACCUUGCUGCUCCUGCGCCCGUGCCCACACCGCCCACUGAGUCACCUGCUGAAGUAGAACAGGAUACAACCACAUUGGUGAACAGUCGGCAAGAAACCAAGACAUUAGAAAAUCUGGAAGAACUCAAAAUUUGAUGAGGUGAUUCAUUAGAAAGAGACCACAUAGGGGAGAUUGUCGUAUGGUUUUGCAGUAAAGUUAGGUUCUCUCUUCUUGUCUGCAUCUUAUUUUGAGUGUCAACCUUUUCUCUUUUCUUAUUUUUUCGCCCCGUUUUGUUAAAAACUCGAGUUGUUGAGAGGUGGAAAAAUUAGUAUCAGCAUCCCAAUGCCAUUUCAACAGCGACUGUGUCAACUUAUGUACUUAUAUAUUCGUAUCUUUGGGCAUGCUA